CAAAAAAAAAAAUGAACCAAACAGAGUCAGAACUGCUAAAAACCUUAACGAAAAUCCUAACAACCUCAAAAACCCCAUUAGAUUCCUUAACUCCUUAUACUCCUCUCCUCACUUCCACCCUUCUCCACUCCCUCAUUUCCUCUCCUUCCCUUUCUUCCCACCCUUCUACCCUCCUUUCCCUCCACAAACUCUCCCUUUCCCUCUUCCCUUCCCUUUCUUCUUCCCCUUCCUUCCUCCUUUCCCUUCUCCCUCCCCUCCUUUCCCACCACAAAUUCUCUCAAUCCAAAUCCCUCCUCCUUUCUUUCCUUUCCUCUGACCCCCAAAACACCUUUUUCAACUCUCUUAUUCACCACCCUUCCCUUUCAAAGUCAAAACCCCUCCUUGAAAUCUCAGUUUCCAGCUAUGUCCAAUCUGGGAAACCCCAUUUGGGUUUUGAGCUUUUCAGCCUCAUGAAAAGGCAUAAAAAGAAACCCAAUUUGCUUACUUGCAACAAUCUCAUCAAUGGGUUGGUAAAGUUCCCAUCUUUGCAUUCCAUUCAGUUAAGUAAGCAAGUUUUUUACGAUUCUGUUCAGCUUGGUGUUAUCCCCCAAACAAGUACUUUCAAUAUUUUGAUUUUAGGGUGUUGUUUAGAAGGUAAAUUUAAUGAGGCCAUUUCAUUUAUUGAGAAAAUGAAGGAAUUUGGUUGUUUCCCUGAUAAUGUUACUUAUAAUACAAUUCUUGGGUUUUUGUGUAAGAAAGGAAGGUUUAAGGAAGCUAGGGAGUUGUUGCAAGAUAUGAAAGAAAAGGGGUUGGUUCCAAAUAGGAAUACGUUCAAUAUUCUUGUUUCAGGAUACUGUAGGAUAGGGUGGUUGAAAGAAGCUAGGAAAGUUAUUGACUUGAUGAUACAAAAUGAUGUUUUGCCCGAUGUUUGGACGUAUAAUAUGUUGAUUAAUGGGUUGUGUGGUGAAGGGAGGAUUGAUGAGGCGCUUAAGUUGAGGGAUGAGAUGUUGAAUUCUAAGGUGUUACCGGAUGUUGUUACGUAUAAUACAUUGAUUAAUGGGUAUUUUAAAUGGGGUAGCAGUGAGGAGGGCUUUCGGUUGGUCGAGGAAAUGAGGGAGAAAGGAAUGGAGCUUAAUCCAGUUACUCACAAUAUUUUGGUUAAAUGGUAUUGCAAAGAAGGGAAGAUGGAUGAAGCGAGUGAAAGAGUUAGGGUUAUGGAGGAAAGUGGGGUUUCACCGGAUAAGGUUACCUACAAUACUUUGAUUAAUGGAUAUUGCGAGGCAAGAAAUUUAGGUGAAGCUUUCGGGAUGAUGGAUUUGAUGGGAAGGAAAGGUUUUAAGAUGGAUACUAUUACACUUAAUACCCUUCUUCGUACUCUAUGUGAGGAGAGAAAGCCUAAGGAGGCAUCCGAGUUGCUACGAAGUGCCAGUAAAAGAGGCUAUUUGCUCGAUGAGGUGAGCUAUGGGACUUUGAUAUCAGGACACUUUAAGGAUGGAAAGGCAGACGAAGCAUUGAAGCUUUGGAGUGAGAUGAAGAAGAAAGAAAUUAUUCCUAGUAUCAUAACCUAUAACACUGUAAUUGGAGGGCUUUGUCAAUUGGGAAAAACUGGGCAAGCAAUAUACAAGUUCAAUGAGUUAAUUGGGAGUGGUUUAGUCCCAGAUGUAACUACUUAUAAGACUAUGAUCCAUGUGUACUGCAAGGAGGGGAAAGUUGAAAAAGCUUUUAAGUUCUACAACGAAAUGGUUGAAAACUCAUUCAAGCCAGACGUCUUUACCUGUAAUAUUCUGCUUUCUGGUCUUUGCAGUGAGGGUAUGCUGGAAAAAGCCCUUAAGCUUUUCAAUACUUGGAUUUCGAAAGGGAACACAAUUGACAGAGUUACGUACAACACAAUGAUAUCAGGCCUAUGCAAGGAAGGAAGAUUUGAGGCUGCAUUUCAUCUUGUCUCAGAAAUGAAAGAAAAGAAUCUAGGCCCUGAUCAUUAUACAUAUAGUGCCAUUCUUGGUGCUCUCACCAGUGAAGGGAGGAUGGACAAAGCAGAAGAAUUCAAGUCAAAAAUGUUUGAAGUUGUAAAAUUUCAAGAACAGCAGUUGAUGGAACAGAAUGAGAAGACCAGUGAGACUACCAAGGUAUCUAAUACAGAUUCCAAUGCUUGUUCAGAACAGAUCAUUGAACUGUGCAAUCAGGGAAGAUAUAAGGAUGCUAUGCAAAUUUUUGAAGAAUCAAAUCGAAAGGGUGUUACUUUAAAUAAGUCCACCUACAUUGUUUUAAUGGAAGGACUUAUCAAAAGGCGAAAAAGCUUAUCAAAAGCUGUCCAAUAGAAGUAAAUAUUUCGUGAAUAUUUCCUGGCAGUGUUCUCAGGCCAAUGUUGUCAGCAGCAUGUUUGACUUAGAUUGAGCUGAUAGGGCAAUGGUGUUGCAACUGGAGAAUAGGACUUCACAUAAAGUAAUCUUUUAUGGGUGAAAGUAGCCGGAAGCUGGACAAACAUGUUGGCCUCAUCCCAUAUAUGGCCUUUCUACUGAAUACCUCACAGCAUUCACGGCCUCUGACAUUCAUAAGACCAGGGUGUAUAUAACUAAGGCUCCGAUGGAUUGAUGCUUGUGCUAUCCGUCUUUUGUUUUUUUGUUUUUGGUUUUUUUCCUUUCUAUUCAUUUUUUUAACAAAAAGUAGCAAAAGCAUCAAUCAAAGAGAGCUAAAGAUUCAAGAUUGGGGAAUCUCAUAAAUUAUCUUUUGCACUGAUUUCUACAUUGAACGGAUACUUAACUUAAUUGAGCUUCUGAAAUAAGUAGCUCAAAUGGGCUUCUACCCUGCACACCCUCUUUAACCAAACGGCGGCCGAAGUAAGGUUUUUAACGGUAGAAGAAUUUUACUCUGAAGGUUUUAUUGUAUUGGCAGUGAAUCAACGAUAUGUGGCUAUCUGAUGUCAUUAAUGUGUGACAAAUACACAGCAAUUAAGGAAGUUAUGUUAGCAAAAGAAAGGGUUUUGACAGCUGAUCUUGUUGUUUAGAAUGUGAGAUGAGGUCCAAAAAAUGAGAAUUUACGUUGCAAGAUACUGUGAUGUAGAAACUUCUGUAAAGAAAUGUCUGGCAUGGGAAUUGUGUCAAGAACACGGAGCCACCUUCUGAAGUCAAAUUCAAUUGGAGGACAUGGCUUUUGGAGAUUGGAGAUGCUGUAAUUCUAUGAAUUUGAGAGUUUGUAUAUCUUGAGGAACCUGAAUGUUAUCCUUGUUCUUUAAAUUCGUAUACUAAUCUAACUUCUUUCACCAUACAUGUUUUAAACCAUUGGUUCAAGCUUCUGAUAUAAGCAUGCUUAUUUGAACACGUGUUUGGUUUUCUGGUUAUAGACUUGGACUCUGCAGCAAACCAUUUGUAUGGUAUAAUGGAUUGCAGGUUGGAUUUUCAGGGCAAAUUUGCUAUGACCAAUAAAUGUCUACGAUGAGCUUUGCAGUAAACCAGUAGCCAAAAUAGUAGGUCAAGAUCAGUUCAGGAGUUUAUGCAUGAUUGAGCAUUGGAGCAUUUCCUCUUGCAGCAUAAUAACCAAUAAGGUUCCCAAUUAUCAAACUGAAUUAUUGCUCUAUUUUUCAUGCUUCCCUGAGAAACCCUUUGUCAAGCUUAUCAAUCUUCAUGGAAAGUUGAAGUUUUGCAGAGAUGGAAGAUUUGAAUUGGUUUGUUUCAUUUCUCUGAUAAAUCCCUAAACUUUUGGAAAAAUAUCAAAAAAGGGGUCAUUUGUUGAUUGAUAGUUUCUCUUCCUUUCAUUUUUCUCCUGUUUCUCCCUGAGCAUAUAGCGAAUUCUUCCAUUUCACUUCUCUCUUCUUUCAUUUUCUUCCAAUCCAACAAGGCCAAAUUUUGUGCUUUCCUAGUCCAUUUCACGACAAUUUAUCAGUUGGAGACGGUAUGGAUCUAAAAAAAAGAUGUAAAUAUGGACCCAAAUUAUGUAUCAUGUGUUUUUUAUCCAUAAAUCUAAUCAUGCGCUUUUAUCCAUGAAUUGAACCCAAAAAAAUCAGGUUCCUAUUGGACAUAAACCGGCCCAU